AUGGCCCGCCUGCUGGGCACCCUGCGCAGCUCCCAGCCCGUGGCGCGCUUCCAGCGCUCCUGCGGGCUCUUCCCCGCCGGCGAGGAGGGCGGCGGCAGCGGCGAGCCCGCGGAGGGGCCCCGGGACGGCGGCGCCUGCAAUGGAGCGGGCGCGCUGCGCCGCCCGGCCCGCGCUGCCCCCGGCGGGGUGCGGAGCGGCCGCGGCCCGCAGGGUUGCACACAGAAGUAUAUUGUGAAGAACUACUUCUACUACUACUUGUUCAAGUUUUCAGCUGCUUUGGGUGAAGAGAUUUUUUAUAUCACUUUCCUUCCAUUUACCUACUGGAAUAUAGAUCACUCUGUGUCUAGAAGAAUGAUAAUUGUUUGGUCUAUAGUGAUGUACAUAGGCCAGGUCUCCAAGGACAUCCUGAAGUGGCCUCGGCCCCUGUCACCACCUGUUGUGAAGCUGGAGAUGAGGACGAAUGCAGAGUAUGGGAUGCCAUCCACCCACGCCAUGGCAGCUACAGCCAUCUCCUUCUCCUUUUUCAUUGCAACCAUGAACCAGUACAAGUAUCCAUUCGAGCUCGGCCUCGCAGCAGCGUUCGUGUUCUCGACGUUGGUGUGUCUGAGCAGGCUCUACACAGGGAUGCACACAGUCCUGGAUGUGAUUGGAGGAGCACUGAUUUCGGCCGUGCUGCUCGUGCUCUUGUAUCCUGCGUGGGACACAAUAGAUCACUUGCUGUUGACCAGCCCCUUCUGCCCAUUGUUCUCCAUAGUUGUGCCUCUUGUCUUAUGUUACAACUACCCCAAAUUAGACUAUUACAGCCCUACCAGGGGAGACACCACUACGAUCUUAGGAGCAGCAGCUGGAGCAACUGUGGGAUUUUGGUUAAACAACCAGUACUCUGCUUCAGCCCCCACUGGCACAAGUGUUCAGCCUGGGCUUCCUCUGACCAGCAGUACGAUGGUGUUUGUGCUGGCCAGGUUCUUCACAGGGAUCUUGGUUGUGCUGCUGACCCGCUGGCUGACGAAGAGCGUGGUCCUUGGCGUGCUGGGCUAUCGCUACCAGUUCCCCAUGGGUGACCUGCAAGCCCGGAGACGCCUGGAGGUCGAGGUGCCCUACAAGUUUGUGACGUACUCCUGUGUUGGUCUCACAGCCACCGUGCUCGUGCCGCUGCUGCACCAGCUGCUGGGGCUGAUGUGA